GCAGGCGGACAAGGCGCUGCAGCGGGGCCCGGGGCCCGGGGCCGGGCGGGGCGGCGGGCGCGCAGAUGGAAAAGUCAAAAAAUUUCCGGAUCGAUGCUCUCCUGGCCGUGGACCCCCCCAAGCCCGCCGCCGCCGCCGCGCAGACCUCGCCGCUGGCCCUGGUCACGUCCCUGGCCGCCCCCUCGGCGCACGGCGGCAACAGCAGCAGCAGCAGCGCCAGCAGCAGCAGCAGCAGCGGCGGCUGCAGCCCUCCCGCGCCCGAGCCCGCGGCCGAGGGCCUCCGCACCGACAGCCCGUCCCCGCCGCGGCUGCUGGCCGCGCACUGCGGGCUGGUGCCCAAGCCCGGCUUCCUGCCCGGCGCGGCGCCCGCCGGCCACCACCACCCGCACCCGCACGCGCCGGGCGGCGGCAUGGCCCUGGGACUGCACCCCGCGGCGCAGCCCGCGCAGGCCGCGCUCUACGGGCACCCGGUGUACGGCUACCCCGCGGCGCUGGCGGGGCAGCACCCGGCCCUGUCCUACUCCUACUCGCAGGUGCAGGGCGCGCACCCCUCGCACCCCGCCGCAGACCCCAUCAAGCUCAGCGCCGGCACCUUCCAGCUGGACCAGUGGCUCCGCGCCUCCACGGCCGGCAUGAUCCUGCCCAAGAUGCCCGACUUCAAUUCCCAGGCGCAGUCCAACCUGCUGGGGAAGUGCCGGCGGCCCCGCACCGCGUUCACCAGCCAGCAGCUGCUGGAGCUGGAGCAUCAGUUCAAGCUGAACAAGUACCUGUCCCGGCCUAAGCGCUUCGAGGUGGCCACGUCCCUCAUGCUCACGGAGACCCAGGUGAAGAUCUGGUUCCAGAACCGGCGCAUGAAGUGGAAGCGCAGCAAGAAGGCCAAGGAGCAGGCGGCGCAGGAGGCCGAGAAGCAGAAGGGCGGCGGCGGCGAGGACAAGGCGGACGAGGAGCUGCUGCUGCCGGGGCCGGAGAAGGGCUGCGGGCGGCGGCUGCGGGAGCUGCGGGACAGCGAGCCCGAGGAGGACGAGGAGGCCGGACACUGCUGCCCCUACCACUCCUCCGACUGCUCCGAGGCCGACGACGAGGAGCCGCAGCCCCGCGGCAGGCACCUGCCUCCGCCCCCAGCCCCGCCCCAGUGAGGCUCCCGCACCCCCGCCCCGGCCCCGCUCCCCUUCCCCAGCGCCCUCCUCCGCCCCGCUCCCGCCUGCAGCCCCAGCCCCGGCGGAGGAAGGGCUGCGCUCCCCCCUGCAGCUCCGCGGGACCGGCCUGAGCGGACACACGCGCCCCGCGGUUGCUCCGCGCCAACGAGUCCCCCGCCCCGAGGCGGCGCCGGGCAGGUGAGCGGCGGGGCUGCGGCCGGGAGCGGGUCCUGCCCCGGGCUUGUGGCUCACGACAGUAUUAAGGGACAGCUGGAAAACCUCCCCGGGGACACGGAGCCCGCGCUUCUCCUCCUUGCUGGAGCCGCUGGAAACCUCGGACUGGACCGUCUUUAUUUUUGUAUAUUGUAUUUAUAACAGAGAAGGGACACGCGUGCAUGCUAAAUUAUUGCCCGACUUCCCCCGCGCCUGUACAAUAAAGGAGGGUUUUGUACGGA